GGAUUUUCCCAUUCUCUGCCAGACAUGUCUUGGAGAGAAUCCUUAUAUUCGAAUGGUACGUUUAAUCAAUUCUCUGACUUCGGGUUAAUGUUCUCAAGUUAACUAGCCAUUGAUCAUGACUCUUCGUUCAAUUACAUUACACAUAACAUAAGUCAUUGGACGAAGGGCGUCUUCUGUAGGGGGAAGUUUUAAGAUCCCCGACGCUCGUUCUGAACAUUAACAUGCAUUGCUUGAGGUACGAUUUUGGAAGCAGAAGGAUCUGUUUUAUAUCAGUGAUGAAUAAUUGUCAAAAAACAAAAGGUUAAAUUGAUACACACCUUCAUAGACUGUUCUCUCUGCUACCGCACGGCAAGCGGUACCGGAGUGCCAAGUCUAGGUCCAAACGACUUCUCAACAGCUUCUACCCCCAAGCCAUAAGAAUCCUGAACAGCUAAUCAUGGCUACCCGGACUAUUUGCACUGCCCCCCCACCCCAUCCUUUUUACGCUGCUGCUACUCUGUUAAUUAUUUAUGCAUAGUCACUUUAACUCUACCCACAUGUACAUAUUACCUCAACUAGCCGGUGCCCCCGCACAUUGACUCUGCAACGGUACCCCCCUGUAUAUAUAGCCUCCCUACUGUCACUUUAUUUUACUUCUGCUCUUUUUUUUCCUCAACACUUUUUUUUGUUGUUGUUGUUUUAAUUUUUACUUUUUUUGUUUAAAAUAAAUGCACUGUUGGUUAAGGGCUGUAAGUAAGCAUUUCACUGUAAUGUCUGCACCUGUUGUAUUCGGCGCAUGUGACCAAUAAAAUUUGAUUUGAUUUAUAUCCAUGUUUGGAGAUGGAAGACAAGAGGCGACCACCUGUGCUAACAUGCGCCAAACACCUGUGUAUAAGCGUAACUCGGGAAGUGCAGCAGAAGUGUAGUUUGUCAGAUGGAGGCACCCGUAGCUGUAUGGAUUUGCGCAAAACCGCUACAAUAAGUACAUAUUUUUAUUAGAAAUAUUUUUUAUUCUCGCAGAUGAAAGAUAAGGGCUAUAUCCCAAGCAAUGAUUGACGUUUCUAACCGUUAAAACACAGUGUCGGUAUUGUAGCUCACAUGAGCCAGUCAUGGUCGAAGCUAAUGGCUGAGAACUGUAGGAGAAGGCAGAAGUCCGCCCAGAGUUUUCGAGAGCUAGGAGCUAACCAUCUUUUUGCUAAAUGCAUAUCCAUGUAGCUGAAUCUUGCUAUUUUGAUUGACAUGUUCUUCUAGAUAUGGUUACUCAAAACAAGUACUCAUCCUGUAUCACAAUCUGUUUAUUUUUGCUAGACCAAGGAGAAGUAUGGCAAGGAGUGCAAGGUAAGAAAUUCACAAGUGCAUUAAUGCUCAAUUGGAUUAAUCAGUCACAGUUACACAUAUAGCAGAGUUCUCCCACAUAGGUUCUGAGGAGAUACUGUGUGUGUAAUCCUUUGUUCCAGCCCAGAUCUGAUACAACAACUUAGCUAUUGAAGGUAUUUAAUCUGGACCACCACUAGUUGAUUUAUUUGUGUUGGCUAGUGCUGGGCUGGAAAGAAAACCUGCGCAUAAGUAGAGAACCCUGCUAUAGAGUAUGCCACUGUGCAAUCUAAACCUUGACUGACCUGCUUCCGCUAUGUCCUGCUUAGAUAUGUGCCAGACCCUUCACCGUGUUCCGAUGGUGUCCUGGGACCCGUAUGCGCUUCAAGAAGACAGAGGCCUGCCAGACAUGCAGUAAGAUAAAGAAUGUCUGUCAGACCUGCCUGCUGGAUCUAGAGUAUGGUGAGUCAACAAGAACAGGAUUUGGAACAGUCAUCCUCUGGGCCAGGUUAUGUCUGUACCAUCUAGAGAAUGACUACACACACAGAGUUGUAUAAAAAAUGAGAUAUUGCACGACCGACAAGUUCAGGGUGGCUGUUAAAAUGUUAAUUACUCCUUCGUCUAGGCUUGCCAAUACAGGUCCGAGACACUGGGCUGUCAAUCAAGGACGACGUGCCGAAAUCAGAUGUGAACAAGGAAUACUACACUCAGAACAUGGAAAGAGAGGUGAUGUAUUUUCCCUUAUUUUUUUAAAUAUUUUUUUUAUUUAACCUUUAUUUAACCAGGUAAGCCAGUUGAGAACAAGUUCUCAUUUACAACUGCGACCUGGCCAAGAUAAAGCAAAGCAGUGCGAUUUAAAAACAACACAGUUACAUAUGAGGUAAACAAAACAUAAAGUCAAAAAUACAACAGAAAAUAUAUAUACAGUGUGUGCGACUGUAGUAAAUUAUGGAGGUAAGGCAAUAAAUAGGCCAUAGUGCAUAAUAGUUACAAUUUCGUAUUAACACUGGAAUGAUAGAUGUGCAGAAGAUGAUGUGCAAAUAGAGAUACUGGGGUGCAAAUGAGCAAAAUAAAUAAUAUGGGGAUGAGGUAGUUGGGUGGGCUAAUUUCAGAAUGGCUGUGUACAGGUGCAGUGAUCGGUAAGGUGCUCUGACAACUGAUGCUUAAAGUUAGUGAGGGAGAUAAGAGUCUCCAGCUUCAGAGAUUUUUUCAGUUCGUUCCAGUCAUUAGCAUUAACUGGGAGGAAUGGCGGCCAAAGGAGGUGUUGGCUUUGGGGAUGACCAGUGAGAUAUACCUGCUGGAGCGCAGACUACGGGUGGGUGUUGCUAUGGUGACCAGUGAGCUAAGAUAAGGUGGGGAUUUGCCUAGCAGUGAUUUAUAGAUGACCUGGAGCCAGUGGGAUUGGCGACGAAUAUGUAGUGAGGGCCAGCCAACAAGAGCGUACAGGUCACAGUGGUGGGUAGUAUAUGGGGCUUUGGUGACAAAGAAGAUCAAAGGUCAUUGUUAACAUUAUGAUCUGAGUCCCAUGCGUAAACUUCUAAUUGUGUGGUGGCAGUAAUAUUACCAGACAGAUCAAUGUUUACAUUCUGUCAUCUAGCCUAAUUCUGCUUGCAAAUAUCCUAACAGUGUGUUCAUGCCGAGGGUUCAGAUAGCGCCCUUUGACCCUUCUCAUUUUCCCUUGGGAAGAUUCCAGACAAUGUUUACUCACCAGAUGUCACAUGACUUAUUUAUCAGGACCACCCAGAAAUAUCUGGUCUUUGGUCCUCUGGUCUGAGUUGUGUACCUUCCAUGGCCAGGUCAUUCAUAAUUAUUUCAGUUAAAUUAAAUGGUUUAAAUGGGUGUAAAAUGCGUCCCUUUGACAGUAGCUCUCUCCUGACUGCAGAUAGGGAACUCUGAUGGUACACGGCCGGUGGGUCUCCUGGGUAAGGCCCCCAGCUCUAGUGACAUGCUGCUGAAGCUAGCCCGCACCACGCCUUACUACAAGAGGAACAGACCACACAUCUGCUCCUUCUGGGUGAAGGGAGAAUGUAAGAGAGGAGAGGAGUGUCCUUACAGGUGAGCAACUGUCAACAUCAUGAAACCAUAGGUGCAAAGAAAGACGUGACACAUGUUAAACAUCAGGCAAUUUGUUGACUUAUGAGCCAAUGGAAAAAGUAAAUUCAGUGGCACAGGUCUGGUUAUCAUCUAAGAUGUUGACUGACGUGUUGCUUUAACUCUCAUUAUCUGUGACCUACUGAACUCCAGGCACGAGAAGCCAACUGAUCCAGACGAUCCCCUGGCAGACCAGAACAUUAAGGACCGUUACUAUGGUAUCAACGACCCUGUGGCUGACAAACUGCUGAAGAGAGCCUCCACCAUGCCGAGACUGGACACUCCAGAGGACAAGUCCAUCACUACGCUGUACGUGGGGGGGCUCGGAGACUCCAUCACAGACUUGGAGCUCAGGUGAGUGCCUGCCCGAAAUUAGUACAGUUUUACUCCAAAUGAAGCAGAAUUUAAUCCAGUGUGCAUUGCUGAAUGUUGUCAACGGACAGUACUACAGUUGGGCUAUAUAUAUGUUUUAUUAUUGAACCCUUAUUUAACCAGGUAAGUUGAUUGAGAACACAUUCUAAUUUACAGCAACGACCUGUGGAAUAGUUACAGGGGAGAGGAGGGGGGAUGAAUGAGCCAAUAUAACUGCUUGCCUCCCAACAGGAACCAUUUCUACCAGUUCGGGGAGAUCCGGACCACCACCAUCGUUCAGAGGCAGCAGUGUGCCUUCAUCCAGUUUGCCACCCGCCAGGCUGCAGAGUUGGCUGCUGAGAAGUCCUUCAACAAGCUCAUUAUAAACGGUCGUAGGCUCAACGUCAAGUGGGGCAGGUAAAGUACCAUCCUGUGAUAUGACAGUCUCAUACACUUCCACCUGUGGUUCCUAAUACUAGUGACAGAUGGCUGUGGCAUCAGGUACCUGUUCUUCUGUUGAUUGAUUUCUCUGUUAUCACAGAUAUUACAAGUAAAAACACCUCCAGUGUGACAUGAAUUGAUGUGAUGGAUUGACUGUGUGUUAUUCUGUUCCAGGUCCCAGGGAGAGGGGGGAAGGAGGGACGGGAGAGGGGGGAAAGAGGGACGGGGAGGAGGGCUGACUGAGAUGGGGCUGAAGCUGGAGCCGGUUCCUGGUCUACCUGGAGGUGAGAGCUAUACACUGGGAGAAUCUCAAACGCAUUUCCUUGAUUCCUAGCUACCUCUGUCCUCACCACCUCCUCCUCAAAACCCAUUAGAUGAGAAGUUCAGAAGAUGAGGGACCUCAUACCUCCUCCAAUGGGGUUUGAGAAGGAGGCUAGGAGAAAGGAACUAGGGCUGUUGCGGUGACCGUAUUACCGCCACACGGGCAGUCAUGAGUCAUGACCGCAGUAAAAUUCUAUGUGACUCGGUCACGGUAAUCUGCUCUUAUGCACUCUGGACUUCUUAUUUUAUGUUUUACUUUAGUUUAUAUGGUAAAUAUUUUCUUAACUCUAUUUCUUGAGCUGCAUUGUUGGUUAAGGGCUUGUAAGCGUUUCACGGUAAGGUUUACACCUGUUGUAUUCGGCGCAUGUGACAAAUAAAAUGUGAUUUGAUUAGUAGUACCGAACUGGCUAGCGAUCAUCAGGUUGCUAAUGGCCUGGUGCUCAGGGCUCUAUUGUCCCUCUAACCACUGACAUCAAUGCAAUUGAAAUCACAUCAACCACUUAUCAAAACAGUAUGUGCUUUUAAAACUCACCUCACUGUGAUUGAUUAAUUUGAAGAAAGAAGUUCAACAACAGGUUGAAACUGAGUGGGAAACAUGGUCCUUGUGGGUGUCAUUUCAAAGCCUAACACAACGAAAUGGACAGCGCUUUCUAAGGUGACAAUUAAUUAAAAACACUAUAUGCAUAUUAGAGCUUAUGCAUAGGCCUCUAAAUGAGCCCAAGCCCCACCCCUAAAAAAACCUGAAUUAAAAUAAUGAUUGCGCUGUUAUAAAAUACAUAUCCUACCACAUAUUACACACGGCAUAAAAAAAUACUGAUUUGAGAUAUCUUUGGAACAUUAUUGGUCUAGCAUAAAUUAAGAUUUAGUAUGAUUAAAAAAUAUAUAUAUAUAUAUAUGUAUGCACUCACUAACUGUAAGUCGCUCUGGAUAAGAGCGUCUGCUAAAUGACUAAAAAUGUAAAUGUAAAAUUUAGCCUAAAAAUAUAGUUAAUUUGUAGUUGAUUUUGAAUAGCAGAUUAAUAGGGCAUUGUUUUAUAUUUUCAUAAUUAAUAGGCUGACACAUUACCUUUUAGCUACAGAAUAUCCCACCACUGUGAGUUUCCAUCUCCUCCACUCCUUCAUUUCUUCCUCCAGCGUGCAGAGAGAAGGGCUGUCAACCGUUUAAUGAAAUAUGUUUUGUUGUGAAAACAUGUUACUAUCGAUGUUCCGGAACAGAUUUCACUUGGUUUUCCAAAUUAAGCACUGGGUAGCUGCAGGAACAUGUUUGAAGAGCCCAUGGCAAACAGUUUGGGCAGAACAUCACCUGCAGAGUAGCCUACCCGACAUGAGUAAAACAUGUACCAGUGGGAAAGUGGCCUCCAUUCGCUAUUCCAGUACAUUCAGAUGACAUGUAUUUUUUGUCUUGCCUCUGUUCCUGCCCAUUUGAUAAUGGGACAUUCUAAAUUGAAAAUAUGUUUACAUAUUAGUAAAGACAAGAUUAAAUCGAGAAUAGUCUGAUGGGUGAAAAUCACUUGAUGAGAGAGCAGUGUGUGCAGCCUGAGGCAAGGAACAGAGCACACGCUUUUUUUUUUUUUUUCUCGACUUUCUCAAAUCAUCAAUAGCCUGUAGUCGCAUCAUGCAGCUCAUAAAUGUUUUGAUUUCUAAGACAUUCUAAGGUUUGUAUCAUUCACAACUAAAGUUGCCGGAUAACUCUAAAUCUAGAGUAUAGGACCUGUUUCAAAUGAUCACUUUUACGCUCAACAUAGCCACUUCGUAUGCACACAUUCUCGCUCCAGAAUGGGAAAAAUAUAUUUUAUAUUUUAUACAGCUAAAUUUAAUUACAUUCUUCUUACUAUAAUAUAAAAGAAUGGCACGGGACUUAUAAGCAUAUCUUGUCAGCUAAAUGAACAAGCCUACAGCCUAUGGCAUGGAGCAUAGCCAGAUAACAUACAGUAGGCCAACUCAUAUUCUGUUCUUCUGAAAUACAUUUUCUUCAUAUCAUAAUGUUUCUUUAGACCUGCCUAAAAUAAAUAAUGGAUUUAUUGUGAUGGUGUAUAUUCAAUUGAUUUAUUAGACUUUUUAAAAUUUAGAUGUUCCAAAGGCGUGCAUUAGCGGCUUGUACAGUUGUGGUCAAAAGUUUUGAGAAUGACACAUUUAUUGGUCUUCACAAAGUUUGCUGCUUCAGUGUUUUUAGAUAUUUUUGUCAGAUGUUACUAUGGUAUACUGAAGUAUAAUUACAAGCAUUCAAUAAGUGUCAAAUACUUUUAUUGACAAUUACAUUAAGUUUAUGCAAAGAGUCAAUAUUUGCAGUAUUGACCCUUCUUUUUCAAGACCUCUGCAAUCCGCCCUGGCAUGCUGUCAAUUAACUUCUGGGCCACAUCCUGACUGAUGGCAGCCCAUUCUUGCAUAAUCAAUGCUUGGAGUUUGUCAGAAUUUGUGCGUUUUUGUUUGUCCACCCACCUCUUGAGGAUCGACCACAAGUUCUCAAUGGGGUUAAGGUCUGGGGAGUUUCCUGCCCAUGGACCCAAAAUGUAGAUGUUUUGUUCCCCGAGCCACUUAGUUAUCACUUUUGCCUUAUGGCAAGGUGCUCCAUCAUGCUGGAAAAGGCAUUGUUCGUCACCGAACUGUUCUUGGAUGGUUGGGAGAAGUUGCUCUCGGAGGAUGUGUUGGUACCUUUUUUUAUUCAUGGCUGUGUUCUUAGGCAAAAUUGUGAGUGAGCCCACUCCCUUGGCUGAGAAGCAACCCCACACAUGAAUGGUGUCAGGAUGCUUUACUGUUGGCAUGACACAGGACUGAUGGUAGCGCUCACCUUGUCUUCUCUGGACAAGCUUUUUUCCGGAUGCCCUAAACAAUCUGAUAGGGGAUUCAUCAGAGGAAAUGACUUUACCCCAGCCCUCAGCAGUCCAAUCCCUGUACCUUUUGCAGAAUAUCAGUCUGUCCCUGAUGUUUUUCCUGGAGAGAAGUGGCUUCCUCGCUGCCCUUCUUGACACCAGGCCAUCCUCCAAAAGUCUUCGCCUCACUGUGCGUGCAGAUGCACUCACACCUGCCUGCUGCCAUUCCUGAGCAAGCUCUGCACUGGUGGUUCCCCGAUCCUGCAGCUGAAUCAACUUUAGGAGACGGUCCUGGCGCUUGCUGGACUUUCUUGGGCGCCCUGAAGCCUUCUUCACAACAAUUGAACCUCUCUCCUUGAAGUUCUUGAUGAUCCGAUAAAUGGUUGAUUUAGGUGCAAUCUUACUAGCAGCGAUAUCCUUGCCUGUGAAGCCCUUUUUGUGCAAAGCAAUGAUGACGGCACGUGUUUCCUUGCAGGUAACCAUGGUUAACAGAGGAAGAACAAUGAUUUCAAGCACCACCCUCCUUUUAAAGCUUCCAGUCUUAUUCUAACUCAAUCAGCAUGACAGGGUGAUCUCCAGCCUUGUCCUCAUCAACACUCUCACCUGUGUUAACGAGAGAAUCACUGACAUGAUGUCAGCUGGUCCUUUUGUGGCAGGGCUGAAAUGCGUGGAAAUGUUUUUUUUGGGAUUAAGUUCAUUUUCAUGGCAAAGAGGGACUUUGCAAUUAAUUGCAGUUAAUCUGAUCACUCUUCAUAACAUUCUGGGGUAUAUGCAAAUUGCCAUCAUCAAAACUGAGGCAGCAGACUUUGUGAAAAUUAAUAUUUGUGUCAUUCUCAACUUUUGACCACAACUGUAUAGAAAGUCACCACCCCCUUUCAAAAUGUUCACCUUUUGUUGCCUUACAGCCUGAAAUGAAAACACAUAACAUCAGACUUUUACCGGCUUUAUUUACACACAGUAACCCACAAUAUCCAAGUGAAAGCUUUUUUUUUUUUACUCCGAAAAGUAAUUAAAAUUCAAACCGUAAAAUACCCUAUUUGGAUAAGUGAACACCCCCCUUUAGAAUUGCAAUUGCAAACUUGCUGAGGUAUAACCAACCACCUUCCAGAUAGAAAAAUCCAGCUAAUUGGCUUCCAUCUGUGAUCAAUUGUAGUGACUUUGAUUAGUUCAGAAUAAAAGCAGUUGUUCAUAGAGGACUCCACUGCUUAGUAGUGCAAUUCAAAGAAAAUAAUCCACUAUGGGCGGAAACGUACUUUCAAAAGAUCUACGAGAUAAAGUUGUGGAAAGGCACAAGUCAGGGGAUGGAUAUAAAAAGAUUUCAAAGGCUUUGUCUAUCCCUCGGAGCACAGUUAAGACCAUUAUUAAGAAGUGGAAGGCGUAUGACAUCACACAGACCCUGCAUAGAUCAGCCCGUCCCUCAACUGGAUGACCGGGCAAGGAGGAGACCAAUCAGAGAGGCUACCAAGAAGCUAAUGGCGACUUUGAAGGAGCUUCAGGCCUUUAUGGCAAAGGCUGGUCAAUGUAUGCAUGCAUGUGACCACAAUAUCACAAGCGCUCUACAAAUCUGGCCUCUAUGGGAGGGUGGCAAGAAAAAAACCACUCCUCAAAAAAGGCAGCAUCAAGUCUCGUUUGAGCUUUGCCAAAAAGCGCAUUGUAGAUUCCGAGGCCAAGUGGCAAAAUAUGCUGUGGUCAGAUGAGACCAAAAUUGAACUUUUUGGCCUGAACGCAAAACGAUAUGUCUGGCGAAAACCCAAUAUGUCUUUCCACCCAAAGAACACCAUGCCUACAGUAAAGCACGGCGGUGGCAGCAUCCUGUUGUGGGAGUGUUUCUCUUCAGCAGGGACUGAAGCACUUGUCAGGAUAGAAGGGAAAAUGGACAGUGCAAAAUACCGACAGAUUCAUGAGGAGAACCUGCAGCCCUCUGCCAGGAAGCUGAAAAUGGGAAGAUGGUUCACGUUUCAACAUGACAAUGACCCAAAGCACACCGCCAAAGCAACCGUACAGUAGCUGAAGGACUAGAAGGUGAAUGUCCUUGAGUGGCCUAGUCGGAGCCCUGAACUAAAUCCCAUCGAGAAUCUGUGGAAUGACUUGAAGAGUGCAGUCCAUGAGCCGUCACCAUGCAAUUUGACUGAGCUUGAACAAUUCUGCAAGGAAGAAUGGGCAAAUGUAGCAAAUUCUAGGUGUGCAAAGUUAGAGACGUGUUCAAAGAGACUACAGUUUCAGAGUUAAAAAUAAAAUAAAAAAUUAUCCCACUUGGAUAUUGUGAGUUACUGUGUGUAAAUAAAGCUGGAAAAAGUCUGAUUUUAUGUGUUUUCAUUUCAGGCUGUAAGGCAACAAAAGGUGAACAUUUUGAAAGUGGGUGGUUACUUUCUAUAGCCACUGUGUGUGUGGAGGCCUGGAGAUGCUGAACAUGUUUAUGCAUGGCGACCUGUUAAUAACGUUCUAUUACGGACAUUUUUUUCCAUUCCCACAAAAAUCGCAACAAAGCGCCUAUGCAAAACCCUCACUCUGUCACUCAGAAAUAUAUUCCAGUGUCUGCCUGCCAGCUGAACAUCUUUGCCUGUGUGUGUGCAGGCUACCUGCCCCUCCCCUCUGAAGCAUAGGUUACUGUAGCCUACUGACGACAUUACAAGCAUGAUGUUUAAAAGAAUGGAUCAACUUUUUCAAUGCUAGUUAAGGAUACUAUAGUUAUGUUUCACGUUGGAUUUAUUAACUACAGAAAGGUAAGAUGUGUUUUUUAAUUCUAGUGCUGCUCGGCACACACAAGCUUGUUAGCUAGCGAGCUAAAGGUUGCUCUGGUCCAACGUUAAACCAACUCGGAAGUUUAAAGACAUCCAAAGUUCCUCAAUAGAAGCCCCUCCUCCGUAGGUAUAAUUCUGUGGGCCUAAUUCAGAUAAUGCAUGUCAUAAGAUGCCCAGCACUUCAAGGUAAGCUUCCUCCAUCCUCUCUCGCAAAAUGCCAGUUGCAUCUCGCGCCCUACACUGUAACUGGCAGCACUGUGUAUGUGGGUUUGUCUUUCAUGAUUAAACCAUACUGAAUAACACAUCAUGCUGUUAUGGCAAAAUACGAUUUAUUUCCUAUACUGAUUUAAAUAGCUUACCCGCUCCAUAGCAAGCUACUCUAUCUGCACUAAUUGGUGAAGUCAUUUUAUGGUUUAGGGCAGGGCUGCCCAACCCUCUUUCUGGAGAUCUACCGUCCUGUAGGUUUUCAGUCCAACCCUAAUUUAGCGUAUCUGAUUCAGCUAGUUAAGGUCUUGUUGAGCAGCUAAUAAGUAGAAUCAAGUGUGUUAAAUUAGGGUUGGACUGAAAAUCCACAGGACGGUAGAUCUCCAGGAAGAAGGUUGGGCAGCCCUGGCUUAGGGGUUUAAAAAGGAACAAAGGAACGAUAUCAACCGGUACUUUCUUUGGGGUUCGAACCGGUUCAGAACUUUAUUUUGUUGGUCGGAACAGUGGAACGGAACCAAAAAAAUUAUGGUUCUGCUCAUAACGAAACGAUUGGAAAAUAAUUUUGUUUUCAACCCCUGAGUGUGGGUAAAACCCCCACACACAUUUGACCAUACCCUUCCAGUAAUGUGAUUUGUCAAUACUGACCCUCUGUCUCUGUCCUGCAGCGCUACCUCCACCGCCUGUGGACGAAGACACCCCUACCAACUACUUCAACCUGGGCCCCAACUCAGCCCCUCCUGUCAUGAACAUCAGCCUACCCCCACCCCCCGGCGUGGCUAUGCCCCCUCCUCCAGGUAAAACAAGAAUCCCAUGAAUUCUCCCCCCCGUAGUGGACCACAAAUGUUAAAAAGUAUUUUCAUUGUGUUAUACAUGUUUUUUUUUAACCCCCCCCCCCCCCCCCAACUAAGGUUUUAUAACCUGUGGCAUUUCCAUCCCUACAGGCUUUGGGCCACCCAUGUUCCACUCCAUGGACCCCAUGGGGAUGCCCCCUCCCAUGGGCAUGAGGCCCCCUGUCCAUGUCCACUACCCGUCCCAGGAUCCACAGCGCAUGGGUGCACACGCCAGCCAUAGCGGAGGCUCCUAG